AAUAAAAGUAUAAUUGAUCACCCAUUUUCCAAACUAAUGAGUCACAGCCUUGUCAAAAAUGCAAACUUGUUAGCGUACACGAGCUCGUGCGACGUUAGAGAUGAUAUAACCCGUCGUGUCCUUUAGCUGCUGUGCGCUGUUUGGUCUAAGAUGCCGCGAGGAAGCUGAUAUGUGGCAGUUAGCUCGUGCUAGCGUUUAGCUCUAGUAAUUUCUCGGGCUGCUUGGCGUGUAUAGAUUCAGUCAGGUAAUGACAGUGACAGGUGGCGAUAACUGAAAGCCUGAACCAGCCAACCAGAAAGUCCAGCCAGUGUUUACCUGUUUCUCAGGUAGGGUGUGAACAGGGGGCAGGGCCACCCACGAGGUAGGAGGGAUGCCUGUGGAGGGCGGAAGCAGCAGCGGCUCUGCUUCAGCUGCCCGUCACCCCAAGCAGAAGCGCAAGGCUCACAGUUUGUCUAUCAGGCGCACCAACAGCACGGAGGAGAGGCCGGGAGGCAUCCAAAGAGGAGACAUGCUGGAUGGACAGGACUCCAAGCUGCCUCUCACGUUGCGGAGCAAUCUUCUUGACCUGUUUGGUCAGAUUGAACGGGAGUUUGAGAAUCUCUACAUAGAAAACCUUGAAUUACGUCGGGAAAUUGAAUCACUGAAUGAGCGGCUGACUGGAGAUGGACAGGCUGUUGAGGGAGGAGACCCCACCAAGGGAGCCUUGAAAACAAAAGCCAGCCACAGCACCAGUCAACUGUCACAGAAGCUGAAGACGACCUACAAAGCCUCUACCAGCAAGGGCAAAUUAGGUGGACCUCGCAACUUCAGUGUGGCAACAUGGGAGUUGUGGGGCGGAGAUUCAUGGAUCGUGUCCAGUUUCAAAGCCACCACCGGCUCCCGGGCUUUGUGCCAGCUGCUCAAGGAGUAUGUGGGCCAUCGCGAUGGGAUCUGGGACCUCAGUGUCACCCGAACUCAGCCAGUGGUGCUGGGCACUGCCUCUGCAGACCACUCAGCGCUGCUGUGGAGUAUAGAGACGGGCAAAUGUCUGCUGAGGUAUGCUGGCCAUGCAGGAUCAGUCAACUCCAUCAAAUUCCACCCCACAGAGCAGAUGGCACUCACAGCCUCUGGGGACCAGACGGCUCACAUCUGGCGGUACAUGGUGCAGCUUCCAGCCCCACAGCCACCACCAGAUGUCAGUGCUCCGUGCGAUGAAGACCAGGAUUCUUCGGACAGAGAGGAAGGCGAGGUGGAUGGCGAGGGCCCUUGUGAAGUGCCCACGGUCCGGGUUGCUACUGCAACACUCAAGAGCCACCAGGGCGUCGUAAUAGCAGCUGAUUGGUUAGUGGGAGGCCGACAAGUGGUGACAGCUUCCUGGGAUCGUGCUGCCAACCUGUACGAGGUUGAGACUUCUGAACUGGUUCACACGCUCACUGGCCAUGACCAGGAGCUGACUCACUGCUGUACCCACCCAACCCAGCGGCUGGUGGUCACUUCAUCCAGAGACACCACCUUCAGACUGUGGGACUUCAGAGACCCAUCCAUCCACUCUGUCAACGUCUUCCAGGGACACACUGACACGGUGACGUCUGCGGUGUUCACAGUGGGUGACAAUGUGGUUUCAGGAAGUGAUGACCGUACUGUCAAGGUGUGGGAUCUGAAGAACAUGAGGUCGCCUAUAGCAACCAUCCGCACUGACUCAGCUGUGAACAGGAUCAGCGUCUCUGCCAACCAGAAGAUCAUUGCUCUGCCACACGACAAUCGACAAGUACGCCUGUUUGACAUGAGCGGGGUGAGGCUGGCCAGACUUCCACGCAGCAACAGAAUGGGUCACAGGCGAAUGGUGUGCUGCACGGCGUGGAAUGAAGAAAACCAGUCGUGCAACCUGUUCACGUGCGGCUUCGACCGGCAGGCUAUCGGCUGGAACAUCAACAUCCCCGCCCUGCUGCAGGAGAAGUGAUCAGAGUCCCUCCGUGUAUAGACGGCGCAGCACACGUCUGCACUGUAACCCGUGGCCUCGCACACGCGCGUUUCCUCUGUCGAGCAGUUUGCUUGUCGUGUGCUUCGCAGCUUUCCAGCAGUGAGCUCCAAGUUCAGACAAUAAUUGCUCCUCAGUUACUCUCACAUAAAAGCCUUUUCAUGUCAUCUGAACACGCGUGUACGAGGCCACACAGCCGACCUUCUGCGUCUGACCCUUCACUUAUUUAGCAUGGAUCGUGAAUUGUGACAAGGCUCGUCCGAUCUGUCCGCCCCCAGCCUCCUCUAUAUAUUUCUGACCCGUGUGCCGCGGGGCUGCCGAUCACGGCACUGUUGUUUAGUUACUGCUGAAUCGUCGCUCUUGCAUGUAGAUAAACUCAGUUUGCAAAUGUUACUUGUAAAGUCACAAGAGAAUAGAACCGUUUGUAGAAUACGAUGUGUAAAUAAUAUAUUGUGGCCUGUUUAAAGUGACCUGUGUUGCAGGUUGUUGUUGUUAGCUAAUGUGUCUUACAGUUUGGCAGAGACAGUUCUGUGAUUCUUUUAUUUUAUUUUAUCCUUUUGGUCAAAUAUUUGGAAGAUUUCUUAUCGGAACAUAUCACAAAUCUCCGUCAUAUCACCUGUGCAGCGAGCGGGCUGCCGGGCCAGUCGGUGAGCGCUUCAAACGGCGUCUGAGGCGUUGUGGGAAACCUUUGACAGAUUGAGAUUCGCUCCCUUGCCUGUUACCUUUGAUGCUUUCAGUUUCACAGCCAGCCUCCAUAUUUCCAGUAUAGUUGAAACUGUAACUCUGCCUUGUUCUGUGUUUACAGUGGAUUUUUAUUUUUUUUUAAACAUGUUGCUUUUUUCUGCCUUUUCUGUGAGGAUGUAAAGUGUCAAGAGCAUAGCAAUAAUGACUCUGUGAACGGGAAUGUGUUGUGCAUUAUCAUAUUCCAGUAUUCCCUACGUGCUGCUGGUGUCCAUAAGCUCAGUAUAGACUCGUCCUCUUUAGCUUGCUGCCAGCUCCUGAGCCCUGCGUUGCUGUACUGUGUGAUCCUUAAGUGAACUUGUCAGGUCAUUUCUGUGCUUCAGUAGCGCUCCUGUCAACAUGCUCUCGCAGUUUGUGUUGAGCCCUCAGUCUUCUAUAACUUCCUGCAUCUUUGUCGCUGGCGGCGCUUUUACUCUCUGCACGGAGCGCUCUUUAUCCAAAAACAGAAGCAAUAACCCAGCUUGACUUGAUGUUUCUGGUGCUCGGAGUGAAGUCCGGGUCUUUCUUUUUUGUUUUCUUCCAUUUUGAAAUCAGUGACUAUAACUUGAAAUACACACUGAAUCUCAGCUUGACUUCUGACUUGCCUAGAAAUAGGCUUAACUGGAUUCCAGGAAGCUUCAAUUGUUACACUUGUGCAAUAUUUUAAACAUGAAGUCAUGCUGUAGUUUCUCACACGUUUAAUCGACUUCAGUGCUGUAAAACCCACACAAAAGACUCUGUGUACCUGUGUGACUGCUGUAGCUGUAGCUCGGUGUAUAAAGGUGACUUACUGAAAAAUCUGGCUUCAGACUUCACUGCUGUUUCUACCCACAACACAAACGGGAUGCAUUCUGAAGUAGCAUGAAUCUGAAAGUGUAAUAAUCUUAUUGAAAUGCCUUACAUUGCAUUGAGGAGAAAAAACCCGGUGCAUGGGCCUUAUCCAUCCAAGCAUCAGUGCACUUUUCCAAAUGCUUGUUAAAGAACUAAUUGUGUUCCCGAGCACAGCAAAGAUAGGAUUUUUAUUCCUGUUUCAUUCAGGGAACUCAAUUUGGCGCCCACCGGUAUCAAUGUCAUUUUAAUCUGCAGGUAGAACGGCACGGCCCGAUUCGUGCCCCGCUUAUGAAUUUCAACCUGGAGGAAAUAUGAUUUUGGAUUGAUACAUUAAAUUAUUGCGUGCCAGGCUGUAGGGGUAAAAAAAAAAAAAAGAGUGGAUGGGCUUUGCUUCACUGUAGCGAAUCAUAUUCACCUCAAACUUCAUUAUGUGAUCUACUUUGCAUACUUUAUUGUGACGGGUACGUGCUCUCUUGACACUUUCCAAUAAAACGUGUGAUUUCCUUUU